CUUCCUCGCUCAUCACGCUUGUUUCCUGGUCGUUGCUAACAACCUGCUGCCUGCAACUUCGCCUGUCCACAGUCUACUCGUGCACUGACGGUUUCCAGCUGUGGUGUGUGUGAAAUGUGCGCGAGGAUGAAGCCGUGUGGACGCUGAGUGCGGUUUGACGCUCAGCUCCGUGCUGGCUGCACGGUGCUCCGUGUCUCUCUGCCUGCUGCUUUCUGACGCUUGGGGGUUUGCAGUCUGGCCUCCAGCGGCCGCGGCUGCGAAUUAACUUCAUUUCUCAGCCUCGCCUUGCUCUUAAAUCAUGUUUAUUUUAUAAAGAUGGCGGUGAGAGGGACACUGUAAACUAAAUGACUGUCAGAAACAUCGCCUCCAUCUGUAAUAUGGGCACCAAUGCCUCUGCUCUGGAGAAAGACAUCGGCCCGGAGCAAUUCCCAAUCAAUGAACACUACUUCGGAUUGGUCAACUUUGGAAACACAUGUUACUGUAACUCAGUGCUCCAGGCCCUCUACUUCUGCCGGCCUUUCCGGGAGAACGUGCUGGCUUACAAAGCCCAGCAGAAGAAGAAGGAGAACCUGCUCACAUGUCUGGCCGACCUCUUCCACUCCAUUGCCACACAGAAGAAAAAAGUGGGCGUCAUCCCGCCCAAGAAGUUCAUCUCGCGGCUACGGAAAGAGAACGAUCUGUUCGACAACUACAUGCAACAGGAUGCCCACGAAUUCCUCAACUACCUGCUGAACACAGUGGCCGACAUCCUGCAAGAGGAGAAGAAGCAGGAAAAGCAGAACGGACGCCUCAAGAACAACGGCACCGCCGUCACCACGGAGACCGAGACGGAGAACAAGACAGAGCCAACAUGGGUUCACGACAUCUUCCAAGGCACACUGACCAAUGAGACACGCUGCCUCAACUGUGAAACGGUGAGCAGCAAAGAUGAAGAUUUUCUGGAUCUUUCUGUGGAUGUGGAGCAGAACACAUCAAUAACACACUGUCUCAGGGACUUCAGCAACACAGAGACUUUGUGCAGUGAAUACAAAUACUACUGUGAGACAUGCUGCAGCAAGCAGGAAGCACAGAAGCGGAUGCGUGUGAAGAAGCUUCCCAUGAUCCUGGCACUACACCUCAAGAGGUUCAAGUACAUGGAGCAGCUGCACCGCUACACCAAGCUGUCCUAUCGAGUAGUUUUCCCCCUAGAACUCCGCCUGUUCAACACGUCCGGGGAUGCAGUUAACCUGGACCGCAUGUACGAUUUGGUGGCUGUGGUGGUUCACUGUGGCAGUGGCCCCAAUAGAGGUCAUUACAUCACCAUAGUGAAGAGUCACGGCUUCUGGCUGUUAUUCGAUGAUGACAUUGUAGAGAAAAUUGACGCCCAGGCCAUCGAGGAGUUUUAUGGGCUUACCUCAGACAUCUCGAAGAACUCUGAGUCGGGAUACAUCCUCUUCUACCAGUCCAGGGAGUGACUGGAGCUGGAUCAGUGACACAGGAGAAGACCAAAUUGGAUGACACCUGUGUUUUUUUAUUUAUUUUUUUACCUUCAGCCUGACAGACCCAGACUCCUGCCAUCUCCAUCCCAACCUGCUCCCAUACUCCCAAUGUUAGACCUCUGUGACACUUGUGCCAAUCCUCUGUCCCAACUCCAACAUCAGGGUUUACCCAUGUGUCUCUCUCUGUCUCUCAGUAAUUUGCUUCUUGCCUUUUAGUCACCUGCAUCUGGUCUGCACUUUAGAACAAAAGCAAAACUGUUCAAAACAGCACGACAGAAACAAAACGGAGUCUAUAAUCACAUCAAGCCCCACACGUUUUGGUGUAGACAGGUGUGAGAAGCCUGCAGAGGCGAUUCUCUACCAGGGACAUGACGGGGUAAAAGGGUCUUGUGCACACACAGACUGUUGUCAGAAACUGUACUAUAUCAUUUAUAUGUAUAUAAGGUCUACUUCCCACGAUGUGUCACCCCUUCAUAUUUCCUUUAAUUAGGGCUAUUGUCCCCCAUCACUGUUCAGUCCUUUGAUGUGUUCACGUCACUGGUGGAUGCAUGAGAGGUAAAUGAAGUUGGAACACCGUAUAAUACGCAUAGAGAGAUUUCAUGCUUUUCCAGUGGAAGCAAUAUCUGAGCAUUGAUUAGAGAGGAGCCACACUCUGGAAACUACCUAAACUUAAACUGUUGAGCGUAUAGAGGUUGUUUUGUCCCAUAGAGAAUCACUCUGUGAGCUGCUGUCUGUCCGCUGUGACAACUCAUGUUCGCCUAACCAGAUAUGAUCAAUACUUUAUCAUUUAAUGCAAAUGAGCCAAAAGCGCUAACACUACACAUGAAAGGAAAUCCUGCACUUUUCUCUUUCAAAUGGAUCGGCAUUCAAAUCAGCUGAAUCUUAUUCUGAUAGAACCACCCCUUAUUUAUUGAACGUACCAUAUUUAUUACUGAAAUUUGUAAUGCAGACUGGUAGAUAAUGAAUGUGUGUGUGUGUAAUGUGGCUCUUUUUAGAGCUUUGUGUGUUAAACCCCUUAUGUCUAAGCUCUCAGUGUGGAGGACAUGGUGUAUGUAAUACACAACUUGAUAUGGCAACGAAAAUUUGUCUAAAAAUUUAGUUUUGUCAGUUUCAAUUUGUAGUUUGCAUGUUAGAUACAGAAUAAUACGAUGCAAGUGAGACACAAUCCAGUACUGCCCAGUCGUUUAAUGAAAUGGUGCAAUAAGAGGUAAAGUUAUCAGUUUAAUUUCCCAGUGAGACUAAUAUGAAGUAUAUUUAGUUAUCAGUUUAAUUUCCCAGUGAGACUAAUAUGAAGUAUAUUUAAAUGUUAGUAGUAGAUAUGUUUCUUAGCAGCUGAUCUUUUCCCAGUGCUGUGUGCUUGUGAUAUUAAAGUAAAUGCUCCCCUUUACCACGUGCAAUUCACACUACCUCCUGGGAAGUUGGCUACAAUGUUUCAUCUUUUUUGUAACCUUACAUGGCAAUGUCUCUCUUUUUUUUUCAUUCCCAUGUUGAAGUACAGCUUAGGAGUUUUCUCUUGGCUUUGACAACGGAAAUUGUUUGUGUCAUAUGUAGCACGUUGGAAUCCUAAAUCCCAUGGACUUAAAAUGCAAGCUUAACUGUUAAUUCAUAUCCCUUGUAAUGUAGAUGUUUUUCCUCUGUGGCCCAUUCCCCAGGGUUUGUGGCCGUGCCCUGUCGAAUAGUGCAACAUCAAAAAACAUGUUUUCAAGUGAAUGACAUUUCCUAUUUGUUGCACAUCGUAGGAAUUACCAUUUCAAACACAUCUCAUUCUAAAUAAGAGGUAGGAAUAGGAUUAUUUUGCUAGCUUAGUGUCUGUGUCUUUUCAGGAGAGGCAGAAUUUAAAGUGAAAAUAGUGAAACCGGGUGUUGAAUGCACUUUUUUAUGUUGUCUCUUCCAUUUAGUCUGUUACUGGGUGAAGUCACAAGGAAUACGUGCCAAACUGGAGUCUAUACUGACCUUGCAACAGUCUUUAACAGAACAUUAUUUUCUUUGUAAAGAUACAACUGUACAUAUAUAUUAUGUAGAAAAACACUUCUGGAAAUAGGAAAAAUAUUUUUUUAAAGUAAAAGAUCUUAAAAUGUAAAGACACUCAAAGAUUUUAGCUCAAUGCUGACCAUUAAUGAAACCCUGUUAAGAAAUACUGUUAUUUUACAAUCACUCAAUUACAUAAUCAGUCACAUUUGUGCAGAAGUCAUCGUUUGUCAUAUUAUUGCUUUUACUGGGUUGAACUGAGCCAGGAUAGGAUACAGUAGCAGGGAUGGUCUGAGACAUUUUAGACCCGGGAGACAGGAAAGAGACGCAACGAUCUUCCAUUAUCACUUAUGCACUCGCCCUCACUGAGACACUCAGUCGUUGCACUUGGUCUUGUAUAUCUUACUGUGACAGUGUUCUACCUUUGAGAGCUCAGGUGCAGAGAGUCCUGCACCAGGUGGGAUCUGAAUGAGCUUGUGUCUCCAUUUGGCUGUAAACUGAAAGUGCACUUUAUUAGUGAUAAGCCUCGAUGCUUUAACAUGAAGAACCACAGUUUAAUACAAUCAUUUUGAGUUUUUUCUUCUGUUCAAUAAAAAGACUAUGAACAAAGUUUA